AUGGCGCGGCCGGUCGUGGGGGCCCCGCUGCUGCGGUCCGCUCCUUGCUUGACUUUCCUCUUGAUGGCCCUGAUGCGCCCCGGGUCCGGGUCCGGGUCCGAGCUGCGCUGCGCCUCCAGCUGCGCUUGCACCGGGGAGUUGCUGGACUGCAGCCACCGGGGGCUGACUGAGCUCCCCAGGGACCUCCCCACCUGGCCCGUCUAUGUAAACCUGAGCUACAACAAGUUGACGGAGAUCGAUCCUUCUGCCUUUGCAGAGCUGCCGAACCUACGGGAAGUACACCUGAGGAACAAUGAGCUGACAGCAAUUCCAUCCCUGAGCUCUCCGUCUUCCCACAUCGUCUCCCUCUACCUGCAUCACAACAGGAUCCGCAGCAUUGAAGCAAGUCAACUGAAGCCUUACGUUGCCCUGGAAACGUUGGACCUGAGUUCCAAUGACAUCACGGAAAUACGAAGCAGCUGCUUUCCACAGGGACUUCCCAUAAAGGAGCUCAACCUGGGGAGCAACCGAAUCAGCACCCUGGAGCCUGGUGCUUUUGAUAGUCUGUCACGGUCCCUGCUAACACUUCGACUGAGUAAAAACAGGAUCACCCUGCUUCCUGUUAAGGCAUUCAAGUUACCCAGGCUAACACAACUGGAGUUAAACCGGAAUCGGAUCCGCCUGAUUGAAGGCCUGACGUUCCAUGGAUUGGACAGCUUAGACAUUCUGAAGCUGCAACGCAACAACAUAAGCAAACUGACCGACGGGGCCUUCUGGGGUCUGGCCAAGAUGCAAGUUCUGCACCUGGAGUAUAACAGCCUGACACAAGUGAACAGCGGCUCUCUCUACGGCCUCUCAUCUCUCCACCAACUUCACCUCAGUAACAACUUGAUAUCCUACAUCAACCCCGAGAGCUGGAAGUUCUGUCAGAAGCUGCACGAGCUAAUAUUGUCCUAUAACAACCUAACCAGACUGGAUGAGGGGAGCUUGGCAGACCUGGGAGGACUGCAUAUACUGCGACUCAGCCACAAUUCCAUCAACCAUAUCGCAGAGGGAGCUUUCAAAGGACUCAAAAACCUGCGUGUUCUGGACCUGGACCACAACGAGAUUUCAGGCACAAUAGAAGACACCAAUGGGGCUUUUACAGGCCUCGAAAACCUAAGCAAGCUAACUCUGUUUGGAAACAAGAUCAAGUCAGUGGCCAAGAAAGCAUUCUCAGGCCUGGAGGCCCUGGAGCACCUGAACCUCAGGGACAAUGCAAUCAGGUCUGUCCAACCAGAGGCUUUUGCUAAGAUGAAGAACCUGAAGCAGCUCCACAUAAACAGCGACAGCUUCCUGUGCGAUUGCCAGCUGAAAUGGUUGCCGCCGUGGUUAGCCGAGAAGGAGCAGCAGCCCUUUGUGGUAGCCACCUGUGCCCAUCCCGAGUCGCUCAAGAGCAAGAGCAUUUUUGCCGUGCCCACAGAAAGUUUUGUGUGUGACGAUUUCCCCAAACCCCAGAUUAUUAUUCAGCCGGAGACGACCAUGGCCGUUCUCGGCAAGGAUAUCCGCUUCACCUGCUCGGCCGCAAGCAGCAGCAGCUCCCCUAUGACAUUUGCCUGGAAGAAGGACAACGAGGUCCUGCACAAUGCCGAGAUCGAGAACUUUGCCCAUGCGCGGGCCAAGAACGGCGAGGUGACGGAGUACACCACCAUCCUGCACCUGCGGCACGUCACCUUCGCCCACGAGGGGCGCUACCAGUGCAUCAUCACCAACCACUUUGGCUCCACCUACUCCAACAAGGCCCGGCUCACUGUUAACGUGUUGCCUUCAUUUAUCAAAACCCCCCAUGACAUCACCAGCCGGACAGGGACGACGGCACGGCUGGAAUGUGCGGCCAGUGGCUUCCCCAUCCCACAAAUUGCUUGGCAGAAGGACGGAGGCACCGACUUCCCAGCAGCCCGAGAGCGCCGCAUGCACGUCAUGCCAGACGAUGAUGUCUUCUUCAUCAUGGAUGUGAAGAUAGAGGACAUGGGCGUUUACAGCUGCACGGCGCAGAACUCUGCGGGCUCCGUGCUGGCCAACGCCACCCUGACUGUACUAGAGACGCCAUCUUUGAUCCAUCCACUGGAAGACCACGUAGUGUCUGUAGGUGAAACGGUGGCCCUUCAGUGCAAAGCAACAGGAAGCCCACCUCCACGCAUCACCUGGCUAAAAGGCGACCAGCCCCUGGUAGUGACUGACAGGCAUCAUUUCACCCCUGGCAACCAGCUGCUGAUUGUUCGGAAUGUUGUGCUGGAGGAUGCUGGGAAAUACACCUGUGAAAUGUCCAAUACCCUUGGAACGGAGCGUGCGCACAGCCACGUAAGCAUCUUGCAAUCCCUUGGCUGCAGGAAGGACAGGAUGACAGUGGGGAUAAUCACCAUUGCAGUGGUGUGCAGCAUUGUGCUGACAUCUUUGGUCUGGGUGUGCAUCAUCUACCAGACCAGAAAGAAGAGUGAAGAAUACAGCGUCACCAACACAGACGAGACCAUUGUACCACCUGAUGUGCCAAGCUACCUGUCCUCCCAGGGGACUCUUUCUGACAGACAGGAAGUAGUCGUCAGAGUUGAUAGCCAACAACCUAAUGGGCACAUAGAGAACAAUGGUAUGUGUCAGACUGAAGCUGGAAGAGGUCCAGAUGCUGAAGCGCCCACUGUAGCUUGUAGACAGUCAAAGCUAUGUGUAGGAUAUAAUAAAGACACUUGGAAGACUGAAGACGCAGCUGAUGGAAUGCUUGUUCCAGAUAAGACAGGGUACGGUCUGCCAGUUGUGUGCACUGACUGCAGUGGAAGUACAGAUAGCAUGAAUGUCAACAUUUACCCCCAGGAUCCCGAAUACUAUUCUCAGCCAACUAAGACUAUGGAUAAUGCACAUCAAAAUGCAUUCAGCAGAAAAGAGCCAAGUAGGAGCAAGAGCAGAGGUAGCAAUCCUCAACAGUGCGUUGGGAUUACCAGCAGUCAGAGAAUGGACACCGAUAGUACUCUGUAUCCCAGCAACCAUGACAGAAUGCCACCGUCGUCCUGCAUGACUCAACCACUGCAUGUGGACAGACAAGGCUCUUCACAACCUUUGGCAAAUGCUUCAGAGCAUAGUAAGCGUCACUUAAAAGCUUCACUUUCAGAAGACUCAGUGAAGCAGCUAAAAGGGACUCCUGAAAUUUCACCAACAUCACUGGAUAUACCGGGUGAGGCUGAAGCUAAACAAACUCUUCUUUCCAAUGGAUACCUACCCAAAUUACAGGACUCCACUCAUGAGUUUAAGCCACCCAUAAGAUCAAUGGACUGA